UCCAGCUAGCUUCUUCUUCUCGUUCUUUCUCUCCAAGCUCUCUUAAUUUCCUAUCGCCAUUCCCGCAAGAUGCUAAGUGACCAAGUAAAAGACUGUUUAAAUGCAGGAAAAACAAAGGUGAAAGCCCAUGUUGUUAUCGUCGACAAGAAGGUUCUCUCCCUAAACAUCCUGAACGCCUCUGUUCCCAACCACAUUGAAGAGUUCCUCGGUCAGAAUGUCGAGCUCCGCCUCGUCAGCGCCACCGUCGGCGAUCACAAAAACGGGAACAGAGGAGUGAUAGGAGCGGCGGCGCACCUGGAGAUCAUCCCAAAAAUCGUACCUUUCCAGAAAAUUUACGGCGCAACCUUCAUAAUUGACAAAAGACAGGGAAUCCCCGGCGCCAUCAUCGUCAAAAACCAAAAUUUGACCGAGUUUUACCUAAAAUCCAUCACUUUAGAGAACUUCCCCGGAAAAGGUCGAAUUCACUUUGACUGCAACUCCUGGGUAUAUAACGCUAAUAAGUAUGACUAUGACCGCAUCUUCUUCGCCAACGACACUUUCAUGGCGGAAAACACGCCGGAGCCACUAAGGGAAUACAGGGCGGAGGAGCUACAGAAUCUUAGGGGAGACAAUGUGAACAGAGAGCUGAAGGAGUGGGAUCGCGUGUAUGGCUAUGCCUAUUACAACGAUCUGGGUUCCCCGGACAUCAACCCGAGUUUGGCCCGCCCAGUCCUCGGUGGCAAUCCCCAGCUCCCUUACCCUCGCCGUGGCAAGACCGGACGCCCGCCGACCAAAUCCGAUCCAAAAACGGAGAGUCGACUUUGUUUGGCUGAUUUGAGCAUCUACGUGCCACGGGAUGAGAUGUUUGGGCAGUUGAAGAUUGCGGAGUUAUUGGGCCACGCCAUGAAGACGGUAGGCAAGGUCCUGCUGCCAACGCUCCAAGCCUUCCUCGACUUGACUCCCAAUGAGUUCGACUCCUUGAAUGAAAUUCUUGGCCUCUACGAGGGCGGCUUGCCUCUGCCGGACAUUCCGUUCGUUCGAAAGUUCAUACAGGCCAUGCCAUUUGAGCUCUUAAUCAUGACCUUCAUCGCUCAAUUCAACAGUAAUCCGGCGAAUAGCGGCGUACUCAAGCUUCCGGUGCCCAAUAUCAUUCAAAAGGAUAAAUCGGCGUGGAGGACCGACGAAGAAUUCGCACGGGAAACACUGGCCGGCGUCAACCCAAUCAUGAUCCAACUACUCAAGGAAUUUCCACCAAAGAGCAGUCUUGAUCCUUCCCUCUACGGCAACCAGAACAGCACCUUCAAAGAGCAAGACAUCCAAGACAACCUUGACGGCUACUCUGUUUAUGAAGCGCUUCAAUUGAAGAAACUUUUCAUCAUUGACCACCAUGAUGCAAUUAUGCCAUAUUUGAGACGCAUCAACAGCACAGACAACAAAAUCUACGCCUCCCGUACUCUGUUCUUCCUCAAAAAGGAUGGCACUUUGAAGCCGCUGGCUAUCGAGCUCAGCCUUCCCCAUCCAGGCGGCGACAAUCACGGCGCCGUGAGCACGGUUUACAAACCGGCCAGUGUAGGCGUGGAGAGCUCCAUCUGGUUACUUGCCAAAGCCUAUGCCCUUGUCAACGACUCCGGUAUCCACCAGCUUAUCAGUCACUGGCUGCGUACUCACGCAGUGAUCGAGCCAUUUGUUAUUGCGACAAACCGACAUUUGAGUGCGAUGCAUCCUAUUAACAAGCUACUGGCACCUCACUUCCGUGACACAAUGCACAUAAAUGCUCAGGGUCGUCAUGCACUUCUCAGUGCCGGUGGGCUGAUCGAGUACACCGUCUUCCCCACUAAGUAUUCUCUCGAGAUGUCCGCAGAUAUUUACAAGAGCUGGAAUUUCGUCGAACAGGGCCUGCCAGCUGAUCUUCUCAAGCGCGGAAUGGCCGAAGUUGACGGCGACAAGCUCCGCCUUAUCAUUCCCGACUACCCCUACGCCGUCGACGGCCUCGCCAUCUGGUACGCCAUUGAAACCUGGGUUCGUGAAUACACUGCCAUCUAUUACCCCGACGAUUCCGCCAUUAAAAAAGACACAGAGCUCCAAUCAUGGUGGAAAGAGCUUCGCGAAGUCGGGCAUGGCGACCACAAAAACCAAUCUUGGUGGCCUACAAUGACCAACGUCGACAAUCUCAUCCAAUCCUGCACCACCAUCAUCUGGAUUGCGUCGGCCAUGCACGCCGCCGUCAACUUCGGCCAGUACCCUUACGCUGGCUAUCUCCCGAACCGCCCCACCAUGAGCCGGCGGUUCAUGCCCCAACCCGGUUCGGUCGAAUACGAGGAGCUGAAGAAAAACCCGGAGAAGGUGCUUCUGAAGACCAUAACGAGCCAGGUGCAGACAAUAAUUGGCAUAUCGUUGAUUGAGGCUCUGUCUAAUCAUACGAGUGAUGAGCUGUAUUUGGGUCAGAGAGCCAGUGCCGAAUGGGCCAACGAUAACCGAGUUAUUGAAGCGUUUAACCGGUUCGGUUCGAAGUUGAAGGAGAUUGAGACGAAGAUUAGUGAGUUGAACCGUGACCCGGAUUUGAAGAACCGGAGUGGACCGGCUCAGAUUCCUUACACGCUGCUGUCGCCUUAUAGUGGACCAGGGAUCACCGUAAAGGGGAUUCCAAACAGUAUUUCUAUUUGAAAUUUGCAGUGCUACAACUUAUAUUAUAUCAGCAGCUGCUAUGGAAGUUUAAAUAAACGUAUUUCUAUGUAAGGUGUUGCACUGAAGAUUAAUUAUUCUGUGUGAAUGUUGAACGUCGUUCGGAGAUCAAUUAGAAUGCGCCACUUCACUCUUUCGUUCGGUAUCGUGGCUCGGUACUGCUUGGUACCUCAGCUCGGUACCACUGGCGCGAUUGCAACUGAUUCGCCUCUGGAUGUAGAGCUACGUCUGGCCUCCACACAGAAUAAUUUCGCUGCAGUGAUAAAGUAUUUAUGUUGUGUUUCAUGUGUUUCUGUAUGAUGUUGCGGUGAUAAAAGCUUAAGCUGUAAGCUUUGGCUAGAUGAAAUAAAAGCUGCUUUACGUUAUCUACU